AAGAGACGGAUGUAUCUUACCAAAGAAAGAACAGAAAAGCUAGAAGAGUAUUAUCAGAACCACAUAGCAUUUCCGUACCCUGACCAAGAAACGAGAGAAUUCCUAGCCAAUGAGUGUGGGAUCACAUAUCCGCAAGUUACGAAAUGGUUCAGUAACAGAAGAAACAAGGACAAA